AUGCUCAGUUCGGUGUGUGUAUCCUCUUUUAAAGGGCGCAAGGGUGGGAACAAGUCGUCCAACAAAGCAUGUUACAGCGCAGACAUGACUUGUCCGUCGGAAAGCGAGAAGAUCGUGAUAAACUGCGGCGGGGUGCGGCAUGAGACCUACCGGAGCACCCUAAAGACGCUGCCCGGCACCCGCCUCUCGUGGCUCACCGAGGCGGACGCGUUCAGCAACUUCGACUACGACCACAAACUCGACGAGUUCUUCUUCGACCGCCACCCGUCGGUGUUCUCCUUCAUCCUCAACUACUACCGCACCGGGAAGUUGCACUGUCCCAACGAUGUGUGCGGCCCCCUGUUCGAGGAGGAGCUCGCCUUCUGGGGCAUCGACGAGACGGACGUGGAGGCGUGCUGCUGGAUGAACUACCGGCAGCACCGGGACGCGGAGGAGGCGCUGGACAGCUUCGAGAAUCCGGAGCCGGACGCGCCGGACGACGACCCGGCGCUGGGCGGCGCGGACGGGGACUUGAAAAGACUGUGCAUGCAGGAGGACGCGCGCAAGGCAGGGUGGUGGAAAACCUGGCAGCCGAAAAUAUGGGCGCUCUUCGAGGACCCCUAUUCCUCCAAAUAUGCCCGGUAUGUGGCAUUUGGCUCCCUAUUCUUCAUCCUCAUCUCCAUCUCCACUUUCUGCAUGGAGACGCACGAGGCCUUCAACACCAUCCUCAACAAGACAGAGAACGUCACGGUGGGCAACACGACCCGUGAGGAGAUUGUAUAUGAGGUGGUGACUGACAGCUGGUUGACAUACGUGGAGGGUGUGUGUGUCAUCUGGUUCACCAUCGAGGUCCUGCUGCGAGUCACCUUCUGCCCAGAUAAGUUGGAGUUCUUCAAAAGCAGCCUCAACAUCAUCGACUUUGUCGCCAUCCUGCCCUUCUACCUGGAGGUGGGCCUGAGUGGCCUGUCCUCCAAAGCUGCCAAGGAUGUCCUGGGGUUCCUCCGUGUCGUCCGAUUUGUCCGUAUCCUCCGAAUCUUCAAGCUCACUCGCCACUUUGUGGGUCUCCGUGUCCUCGGCCACACUCUUCGUGCCAGCACCAAUGAAUUCCUCCUGCUCAUCAUCUUCUUAGCCCUGGGUGUCCUCAUCUUCGCCACUAUGAUCUACUAUGCUGAGCGAAUUGGCGCAGACCCAGAUGACCCGACAGCCAGCGCCCACACCGCCUUCAAGAACAUCCCCAUUGGAUUUUGGUGGGCCGUUGUGACCAUGACCACUCUUGGCUAUGGAGAUAUGUAUCCGGAGACGUGGUCAGGGAUGCUGGUGGGUGCGCUCUGUGCCUUGGCCGGUGUGCUGACCAUUGCCAUGCCUGUACCUGUCAUUGUCAACAACUUUGGCAUGUACUACUCUCUGGCCAUGGCCAAACAAAAGUUGCCCAAAAAGAAGAACAAACACAUUCCACGAGCACCACAACCAGGGUCCCCCAACUACUGCAAGCCAGAUGCCCUGGCAAUGGCUACUGCGUCACCGCAAAGGAUCUUGGGAAAUGUCCUAGGUGGAGUGAUAGGCUCUGGAGGCCUAGGGGGUGACUGUCCUCUCGCCCAGGAAGAAAUUACAGAGAUGAACAGAGAUUCCAAGCAGAAUGGUGAUGCAGCCUCGGCCGCUCUGGCAAACGAGGACUGCCCCACCAUCGACCAGGUCCUGAGCCCGGACGAGAGGAGCCCUAUAGGGCGUGGGCCGACCCGGGAACGCUACCAGCAGGACCGCGCCUGCUUCCUGCUCAACACCAGGGAAUUCCGCGCCACAGAUGGGAAUGUGCGGAAAGCAACGGGAAGUUACGAGAAUUCUCGCAGUCUCAGUAACAUAUCAGGAAUGGCUGGGUCUUCCCUGCGGCUCGCUCCUAUUACUAGCCCCCCCUUUGAAACCUACGAGGCCCCGGGACCACUGCGCCGCUGUCGGUCCCCCAUCCCGUCUAUCUUGUAGCAGAAAGGAGGGUUGUGAUUGGAGGAUAACAGACGCAGUGGAUUAGCUACGGACCGAUCGCGCCGAAGCCUUUGUUUGGAUUGUACACGUGCAAAAAACAAUAGCAAUAACAUAAAAUUAACUUGAAUGUAGAACGAAUGACCCUUUGUCUUGUGAAUCCAAUGGUUUAUGAUGCAUGCGUCAGGUUAGCUGAUGGGGGUCAAACACAAAUGUUUAGUUUUAAGGGUUCACUAAUUUUAAAUUAGUAGAACCAAUGUAAAAUAUAUUAAAAUGUUUGUAAAUAAGAUAGGGUCAGAAGUUAAAAAAAAUUAUGAAAACGUGCAAACUUACAUUUUAAAACUAAGUAUGUUGAUCAUUGACCAUUUUUUUCCGUGUGACCAAACAAAACUGAGCUCACGGCACCGUCGAGAAAUGAGCACGAAUCAAGCUACUUCAGUUAAUUUAGCCAAAGACAAAAAAACAUUUAUGGAUAGAUUGAUGUUGAAAAGAUUUCUACUUUCUGUCUUUUGUGAAUAUUUAUGUAUCUACAGUCAAUAAUUUUUUGUAAAUCUUUAAAAAAACAGACUGACAAUUAAUUAAGAAACUCAUUGCGACAUCACAAUGUAAAAUGUAAAAAAUGAAAAACUAAGAUUAAGUGGAAAAGAAUAAAUUUAUUGUACCAUAAGAGCCAUUAUCAAGUGAACAGCCCAAACAUGACUUUUGAAAAUAGAAUUUAUUGUUUGAAUAUAUUGCUAAAUAAAAUCCCAUAUGCAGAUAUUCCAUUACAAUGUAUAGUAAAAGGUCUAUUCAUUUUAUUAAAUCAAGAAAAGCAAAAUUAUUAAAAGCAGUUUUUCUGCUAGUAUAAAAUUUUACAUUAACACACCAUUCCAUGUAAUUCUGUGUUAAUGGCGACAGAUGGAGCAGUAAAAUACCAGAUUUAUUUUUGGAAAUUAUUCCCUUGAUUUGGCAACUUGCGGCAGUUCAGUGCGACUCCCUGACUAGCUUGUGCCUUGUUUAUUUCCACAACAAAGCUAUCAGAUCACAGAACACGUUAUAUCAUAUUAUAUUUAUAUUAUAUUUAAUGAUGAUGAAUGACCUGAGGGUACCUUCGAAGGACAACUCACAAGGACAAAUGCAAUAUGUAACCUAGGCCUACAAUUCUUACAGGAAUCCAAGUGCAAUGUAUUUAGAAAUUGACUUAAACAUUAGAGCAAUCUAAAUACAACUUAAAAGGAAAAUAUGGAUGGGUCAAUAAUAAAAUGUAUAGUUUAAACAAAUAAAAGCACUUUAAUUUAAAUCACUUAAUCUUGAAAUCUUGCAUGUAGGCAAAAUAUAUCAGAAACAUUACAAAACAUGUGACGUCAUUAAACACAUCCAAUAGAUUUUCUUUUUAGUUUUUCUUUAAAUAUCAGUUAGACUUUUUCUUCAUUGUUUUUUUCUUCCAUUAUUAUAAUUUUUUUGUACAACUGCUCAUCUUAAACACAUACAAGUAACUAAAUGCUGGCUUUCAGUUAAAAUAUGAAAAAAAUAUGACUUUGCCCUCAAUAAUGUAUCAUUCAAAAAAUAUCUUUGUCAAUUUAUUGGUUAUUGUUGUAGUUGAGAACCUUCCUCAUAUUCCAUCCUCACAUGACAUUAGAUCUUGUGUUUAAAGUUGAGCAAAAAAAGAUACAUUCACAUAUGCAAUAAACAUGCAAUAUUACUUUAUGAUGGAAAACAUGCUGUGCACAUACAUAUGUAAAUAAGCAGAUCUAUUUUUUAUUCUACGAAUGCACAGACUUGGUCGUCGGUCUACUUCCUCCCAUUUGAUUUUUCUAGAUCUGAAAGUGUUACGAUGACAUGAGCCAUUUGUCUUGUUUUAUAUUUCUAGUAACUGGUACUUUUCAAUGUCGUUCCUGCAAUUUUUUAUUGUUUUGUAAUUGUGUUGGUAACGUGUAUUUCAUUGUAUGCAUUGACGUUCUGUACCACCUGAUUGUCUCGAAUAACAUUUUCCAAAAGAGAACAUACAGUUUAAUUUAACUGUCCUUUUCGUUCUUGAUCACAGAAAUGUAGGCCUGAAAUCAUGAGGAACAACUGUAUGUGCUUUAGGAUGGAACAUUUGUUUUGCAGGUAUAAAGGGAGAGUAUUUGUUUAGAUUGUUCUUAUUAUAAUACACGGCCCUGAUUGCCAUUUUAUAAAAAAAAAAUAUGAAAGAAUCAGUGUGCUUCCAGACCCAUCAACCCCCUCAGAACUUAGAUAUGCAGUAUUAUGAUUGAGGAUGACAGCGAUCACGUCUCUCGAAUGCUUUCUUGAUUACUAGAGUCUAAGAGGUUUUUAAAGGUUGUAACUGUCUCGUUUAGGAUAGAUCCUAUGUCACAGUCACUGGCUUCAUCUGAUACAGGUCUUUCAAGGCCACGGCACAUAUUUUCAGACUGAAGUUACUAGUAGUUGUGUGUAUACGCAAUAUUGUUAUAUUUCACCAUCAUGAUGUCCCCCCCCAAAAAAAUGACAUCGUAUCCGUGUUGUCUGAAAAUAUCUGAAACAGCAUGCAGUACUUUGUUCGUCCAGUGACAGCAGCUCCUUCACGUAUAAGUACAACCUGAACAUGAUGAGAUAAGUAGGGAGAACUCUGGGAUAGAAAAUCUUUAAGGUGAUUUAAUUUGCAGAAGGAAAUCUGUUUGUGAGGAUUUACUGAGAAGAAUGUCAUAACUGUGGUUCUGUUGAGUUUUAAAGAUCCGCAUCCCAUAGUUUAGGCCAAUGCAAAUCACCUAUGAGAUUCAGAAUUAAACGUUGCUUACGUUAACAAAACAGGCAGAUGUCGUAAGUGCCUCUGUGAGGCCCGUUUAGGUUCUAAUGUCAGUUUAAGAGUUCAUGUAAGAGCUAGAUUUAACUAGCUAAACCUUCACAGCGUUAAUGCUAAAUAGGUCCUCGGUUAUUAUUGAAUAUGUACAUAUCUGUAACAAAACAUGUGAAUACAUUAAAGUCAUACGAAACUAAUACAUCGAUGUAUAUUUUAUGAGUGCGGGCAGCAGGUUUUAUAACAACUGGUUCUGACAGAGUUAAUGAUUUGUCAUCAGAAACGUUUUAAACUUUUUAUUGUGCCAAACCAGCCUAACAAGACUAUUAUGUUAUAUUAUAUUUUAUUAUAUAUUUCCACUCACUGUUGUUAUUUUUAAAGCAAUCUAUUAUUAAUUAAGAAGUUAUGACAACUUACAGGAACAUUUCCUUUGGACUUGUGUUGUUUGCCAUGGGAAUGUGGGAGUAAAUGCACUUAACUGUAUACAAAUGAACAGUAGAUGUAAAUAUUGUAACAGUUGAUGCAAAUGUAUCCUGAAAUGGAGUGUAUGGUUAUAUACAAAUAUAAACUAACUUUGACUUUUACCAUAUUUACAUUUAGAAAGCAUAGGUAUGUGACCCUGUACUUGAAGUAUGGUCUUUAAAUAUGCAGGAAGAAGUGGAGAAGAUGGUUAAAUCAGCUUAUUUUACCCAUCCAAUUGAUACUAUAUAACCAAUGUAAUGUAUUGAUCCGACUUCAUCAAGAAGCUGGACUUGUCAUUCAAUUUGGCAUCAGGGACCAGAAGUGUUAAUAUUGUGCACAGUAAAUAAUAACUUGCACCACCUUCCACAAAGUUUACUUGUAAAUGUAUUUUUACUGUUAGAAAACCAGGACCUCAAGACGAGCUUCAAUAGGAUAAACAAUACCUCAUAUAACAUUUGUUAUAUGUAUGUUAUAUAUAUGGUAGUUUGGGAAUACAAAUACAGUACACAAUAUAGUGCAGCAGAAAUAUUGUGACUUUGACCUACAUCAGCCCGUAAGCUCUUGUGCUUUACAAUGCCAGCCUGUGCCAACACAAAGGCUGCUGUGGCAUGGAGUCAGGACGUCACCGGUGCCAGAGCAAAGACAGAAAAGUCUACUUUAUAUCCAAACAAUAAUUGCUGCGUUACUCUCCAAUGAUGGAUUAUGUGGUUAAACUUUAACAAACGUAUUAGGAAAGUCUAGCGCCAAAACUGUUUUGGUGGUCUAGCUAAGCUGAUUCUUCCUCACAAUGUAAGCCAUAGUUGUUCGGAGGAUUGUACGGGGCCUUAACUCUCACUUUACUACAUCCCUAACAUUUACUGUACUGCAGCACAGUGUCUUGCUUAACUCUGGAGCAAGCUACGACUACAGUGGAAUUAUACAGAAGAAGAGGGGGAAGCCAAGAACCGACGGGAAGAGCAAAUGUAGCUGCUUUGAAAUACAAUGUUUAUAUCGUGGGGUUGUUGUGAGCGGGUGAGACCAAAACUUAAGUGUUUAAGCUCCCAGUAAAUAAUGCGUAAUGCCAGCACAUGUGAUUCGAGAUCUGUUGGCGAAGAAUAAAAAAAAAAUGCUCAUUCUACCGUUGUUCGCAAACACUUUGUCGAAUCGACACCUGUGUUUGCUCGGUGCACAGCUUUAUUGGGGGGUUAAGCUUCUUGAAAUGAUGUCAGCCAAGUUUUUGUUUUUGUUUUACAAAGUGGAACAAAUGUGAGUAGAGUGAUUGUUUGUGUCCAUCUGUCCAAAAUGUGUUUUUCCAUGAUGUGUACAUAUCUGUCAAAUGAAAGUGUUUGAACAUACUGACUUACACACACACCAUAUAGUGAAUAAUAAUCAUAAUCACCUGAUCUUCACUUAUAAAAGCUCUGUACACGAUUCCCUCCUGUAAAGAUGGCGGUUCUGUUUGUUGAGGGUUGGCAGAGGGGGGGAGCACGGUUCUGGUCAGUUGGCUGGCAGCUCCUUUCAUCCAGUCUGUUGUUUGUUCUUCUAAUGUUGUCUGCUUCAAGUUUUAAUGUCGCCAUUUCCUGACUUUCUUCGUCUCCUGCAGUAACAUAUGUGCUGAUGUUGUGUGUGUGUGUGUGUGUGUUGGAGACAGACUGUGCUAGAGUUGUGCUUACACUUUAAAUGUGUGCACUUCAUUCUGACAUGCACAGUUAACCUGCAGUUUACAGGUAAUGGUGAUCCCUGAUUACUUCCCUAUAUUGUGCACAAUGUUAGUCACACUAUCUGUGUUAUGGUAAAAACAUGUAAUUGGCAAAUUACCCAAAUAUCACUUUAGAUUGCUUUAUAUUAGUCGAGCACUUCUAUAAAUCAAUCUAGAUACAUGUAAUGUCACAAUUUUCAGUUUCCCUGUGUGUUCUCUCUGAACUCAAUAUUAAUGACUCUCUGUUCUUGUCUUCACAGUGUUAAGUUUCUAGCAUUCACCUUCUAUCUAAUGAGGAGUCAGUAACUGGUAAAUACAAAUUUGCGACGGGAGCCACGUAAGCGGCGGGUGUGACGCGGAUGGACAGUUUAAAGGAGAUCCUUUUGGGGGUGACAAGCGAGAGAGACCAGAGGUUAAUCAUGAAUUUAUAAAUCACAUGGUCUUCUCCUCACAUUGUUACCAAAGCAGCCUCUUGGAACUCCGACCACACUUUUGACAACUGUCCGACUGUCCGACCCUUUUUUCUUUUUCUGCCGUCUUUUUUUGGGGUAUUUUUUGGUCUUUCUCUGGCAAACUGACUGAGCAUUGCACUGACACACUUUGGGAGAGGAAAGGACUCCUGAUUACACAUUCCAGAUGACAACACUAUACUCGCCAUCUUGUAUGAUGACCAACUCUGUACCAUCUACAGUGCUGAACCACUGCGCAACUUCAAAAAUUCCUGAAAAGAAACUAAAAAAACAAAAACACUUCACAAUGGACUGAAUGAACUAUGUAGCAUCUCUGCUAACUUAUUGUAGCAUUUGUUGGCUGGGAAAUAACUUACAUUUCCAUCAUCACCCGUUUUCAAAGAGAGAGGAAUUUAUGCAUACAAGGGAUCUUUUAGAUGUCAUUUUCCUCCUGGGUUCCUUUCCAGUGAAGAAAAUAAACAACAUAUAUAUAUGUUGAGAGAGAGAUAAAGUAUGUGAGGGACAUGGGUUUGGUCUCACACUUGACAUUCCAAAAAAAUAAGUAAUUCCAGUGUUCAUGAAAUCAAUCACAAACGCACAGUAUCGAAUGACACUCAUACAAUUCCUCAUUCAAGUUUAGCACUUGCAUGAACCUAUGUCUUCCAUUCACUUCUAUCAGACUGAAACACUGCCCUCUUCACGAGUACCGCGAUAAUCACCACACAUGAAGCACAUGUAGCAUCAGCUCAAACAAAUCACGUAUGGCAUUAACUGUACAUCUAGACUCACCCGAAACACGCACCCGUGAGAGAAGUGGUGGACGGAGGCUUCUCUUUAUCACUCAUGUACUGAUGCCGGCUUGCCCACAAAAACUCCACUCGGGAUACCAAAGGUCCUGUAGCAUGCACUUGCUGGAUGACCUUCUUUAACUUGCUGUAGAUUAGGAUAUUCCACUUAGGAUGAGAUUCCGAACAAAGUCAUUCCUCUAAAAGAACAUAGUCCUUUAAAUUCCAUUAACAUUCCACCACUAUAUGCACAUUUAAAUAUUGGUAUAUUUCCCAUGGUCGGACUGACACAGUGCUUAGUCUUGAGUAGUAUAAAGACUGACUCGAGGAGAACAAAAUACUAGAGACAAUUGUUAGUCGCUACUGAAUAUCCCAGGAUAUUGUUUUGCCUAAAUUACGAGGACGACCCUACCAUAAAGGCACUUUUUUCACGUCGCAUAAAACUGCCAAUUAGCUGGAGAGUUUGUGCUAUCAUUUCUAAAGGGACCAAUCAGAUACCCGUACCCCCUUAACACAAAAGCCGACACUGCCAAUUAGGCACAAUAAUCCAGUGAUAUAUACUGCCCCAUCUCUCUCUUGUCCCUCUUGCUGCCAACGACUUCUUCGCCAGCAAGUCGAUGUCAAGCUAAGGAUGGCCCCCUGCCCGGGGAGCCCUUAGGCAAUGGGGAAGAUGAGACGAAAUGGACCAAGAGUAGAGCGAGCGUGAUGGAAGUGUACAAAGAGAACAAAUCUAUAUUUUGAUAAACAAAUCAACUAUCCAUGGCUUUGGAGAAAAGUUUCUGAGCAGAAAAGAUCCAGGAUGGAAUGAAUAAAAAAAAAUUGAAAAAAAUCAGAUGCAAAUGUGAAUAGAAAAAUUGGGCAUCAUGAAAUGGAGUCGAAGUCCUGGGAGAAAAGGAAGGGGAGCGAUUAUUUUGUCUUGAGGGGUGGACAAAGAGAGACAAUGAGCGAUUACAGACUCUUGGCUAUGAAGACACAGGGAUAACGAACAACGGACGCUGAGAUAAACAAAUGAAAAAAAAUUGGAAAAAAAGAUAAUGCAUUUUUGUAACUUUGUUUACCAGCAUGACUACUUUGCAUGACUGUCUUUUCUGCAAGCCCUUAGUUGAAGACAAGGGUGCUAGAGAUACAAAAAGUAUAUAUAAAAUGAAUUCAAAAAAAUGUUAUAUGCAAUUCAUGUUUUAAAAAAGAUUAUAAUGAAAGAGAAGAGCUAUAUUUUGUUUUCGAAAAGUAAAAAAAAAUGUGAAUAUUGAAACAUGUAUGUUUGCAAAGUACACCCUGAACUAUGUUUUGUUUGAUGAAAUCUCUCUGCUACUACUGCCCUACAUUCCUCAUUCCAGUCGUUUCAAUUGUUUUACUUUGAGACGCAUUGAGCAGUUUAUUUUAUAACCAUCCAAUCAACAGCGAUCAUCGAUCCAGACUUUUCCCGACUAUUGCAUUUUGCGCAAAGGAUGUCACAAUUCACCGUUUGUUUUCACUUUCCUUCCUGAAAUCAUUUGCACAACUACCGUAGCAGCAGCAGCAGCAGCAGCAGUUCUAUAAACAACAGCUCUCCGUACCACAACUUUGACUGCUUGAUUAGUACUCAUGGUUAGCUUUUUUUCUUUGGCAAUAAUACAAGAGUUGUCACCUGAUUGUAGCAGGGCAGAUGGAGUGCGUCACGAGUAUCUUCAACGCAUCAGUGAUAAAAAGAUUUGUAAAAAAGGCCUUGGAUGUCCAAUGGCGGGAUUUUGCCAGGAUAGGCAGUUCUGUUCCUCCAGUCCUACGUUGAAACAUAAGGGUACGAGUGCAGGUUCUGAUAUCUAAUAAGGAUCAAUAAGAGACUAUUGGAGACGUCGUACUGUAUUGGCCAACCGUCAAGAGAGAUUUCCGGUUUGCAUGGAACCGACUGCCGUUCCAAAGUUAGCGUCUGGUUCAGGGACUCAGGUGUGUUGAUGGUGUGUGUGGGUUUAGAUGUUUUGCUACUUUCUUUAUAACAUGAAUAAAUUCUAGUAUAUAGACGACGAUAAUGUGAACACCUCACAGUGAUGUGUAAAAAAACGCAUGCGUUAUGACUUGAUGAUCUCUCGAAGGGGGCCUAUCCCCGUAGUCUUGACAUAUCCCCUUAGCCUCCUGUCAUUGUUUGUCAUGAACCCAGUCCUGAUAACUAUGAACACUGUGCCGUGUCAUAGAGCAGAAAACGUCUUCCUCCCAGAGGCAACUGAAAACUACUCGCACUCGCGGUGUCAGCAUGAGUGUGCAAGGUAGCUCGUCUUUGUUUUGUUUAGAUGGUCAGGUCGUUGCAUCCGUCGUUACCCACAGAGUUACUGUCGUCCAGCUGGCUAGUUGGCAGCUCAUCACAGCACACAACACUGUUACGUGAGCACCAAUCAAAAAAGACCCAGAGCUUCCAAAAUGAUGUCAGUGAAGUACUUUAACUGUUGAAAAGAUGAAAAGAGGAGCGACACCAGUGUCCACUGAGGGGAGAUUGAUGUAAAAAACAAAAAGUCUUGUUGAAAUACAAAGCAUCUCGUUGUUGAGUGCUCUCGGAGCACCUCAUCCUUGGUUUGGCAUUCCAAGUGAGUUUCAGGCCCUGCUGGUUCAGGGCUCAGCUCAGGCAGCUGAAUGGUCCUCCGUCCAUUCCUGAUACAUUGCAGUUGGAAGACUCACCAGUAUAUGAGACUCAAUAGUGUAAUGUAGACUACAGAGUCUUCAAGUAUUGUGUUAGGUCUACAUUGGUUUUACAGGGUCUAGAACUUACUUUUGUCUGUUUGGCAAAAAAUGGUCCGUGGGAUUUAGUUUUUUUUAAACCUCCCGAUUUCUGUUCCCGUUUUGGAAGGCAUUAAGCAACCACAGCUUGGAUGGUCACAAAGACGAUUAUGAAUAUUUCAGAGGAAAACUUCUAGUGGCGGUGCGCACACUUGCAAAAGGUUUGUGCUUCACCCUGCAGUAUUUUCGUGUGUUUUUACGGCCAAGUACCACUGUCCUUUUCUUUCUUUGUUGCUGUUAAGUUUGCCAUCUCUUCAUUCUCAACAUUGUGACUGCUCUGCCAAUGCCAGGCUGAAAAAAAAAGAUGUCUUUCCUUUUUCUAUUGCAUAAUACUGCCAUUUGAUUUAGUCAUGUUGAACAGAAUGAGUUACAAUGUCGAGAGUGCUAAGUCUGUUUCAUUUUCUCAAAGUUUGCAAACCUGUGAUACCAAGUUAUACAUUUUCCUCUGUAACACUCACAUAACCAAAAUAACAAAAAAUGCUUAACACGGUAGUAGCUGCCACUGUAAACAGUUCCUAUUGUGUAAUAACAAUAUUAUGACACGUCCUCCAGGUAGAAGCUGGUGUGUGGUUCUUGUACGACACAUCAUUGAUGACAUCAAAUGUAUUUUCUUUAUGUGCCUGUCUCUGUUCAACAUGUUGUUUAUGUGUGUGUUUUAAUUGUGGACACUGUAUGCAAUCUGCACCACGAAUGCCACUGAUCGACACUUACUGUACGCUCCCUGAGACACAGACGUUCUGUCAUCAGUCCAGAUGAUUGCAACCACGUGUGUACAGUGGCUUAAUGGCUCUCCAUGGGGCAACUUAGCAAUCACACCCCUCUUUAAAUUUCUUUUCUGAUUUUAACUAAAUGAUUAAUAACAGAGUAAAUGUUAUCAUACUGAAUAGAUUUUACUAAUAUUUUUAAUAUCUUAUUUUAAUUAGAAAUAAUGCGACACAUGCCAUACAAGUCAUACCGAUAUACAUGCAUCCAAUAUUACAGACGAACAUCAUGCAUCCACGUAAGCAUUCCAAAGAUAAAAGAUGUGUUCAUUUUACAUGCCAUCCAAUUGUGUAAAACAGACUUAGGUACUAGUCCAUUGUACUGCGGUCUUAGUAGGAGAGUGAAUGGGGAGAAGAGGUGGUCACUGGAGCAUCUGGUCGUGACUUAUGCCGGAUUUUAUUUUUGAAAUGUUGGAACACAAAGAGCAACCCAUUAAGAACUGUAUAAAGUAUAUUUCAAUGGAAUGUUCAUGAUCUAUCUUUUUAUAUUUUGAAGAGAAAAAAAAUAGAAACAUAUCAAUAAAGUGUCAUAAUUGAACUUAUUUCUACUAUUGAGACUUAUAAUGUAUGAAUGUCAAUGCGAUCUAAUGUGAACUAAUCUCCAUAGCAGCUUGAAUGAAUAACUGAUUAACAUUCAUGAGAUGCUUUUUCAGAAACUGAACUUAAAUUGCUUAAACUUAAAAUAAUAAAUGAAAAAGUGACA